CGAGCGUUGGUUACAGCCGGUCACGUGACCAUUCAAGAUGGCGCUGCCCGGUGAGGCGGAGGAGGAGGCAGUAGUUUACUUAAUAGUGAGCGGUAUACCCUCCAGGUUGAGGUCGGCCCAGCUACGAAGCUACUUUAGCCAGUUUCGGGAGCAGCGAGACUGUGGUUUCCUCUGUUUCCACUACCGGCAUCGGCCUGAGCGCGCCCCGCCGCAGGUUGCUUCCGACUCUUCCCUUCCUGCUGGCGACCAGGUUCUCACCCAGCCUUCAGUCACAGAUGGCCGUGCUCUUUCCACUGGGGACUCUGCCCCCUCCCAGACCCGCACCUGUUGCUGUGUCAUCUCGAUACGUGGGGCGGCUCAAGCGCAAAAGUUUCUUCGCAUGUAUUCGGGCCGCCAGUGGCUGGAUCCUCAGGGGACUUGGUUGCCGGGUCGCUGUUUUGUCCGCCGACUUAGACUACCUACUGAGGCAUCAGGUUUGGACUCCUUUCCCUUCCAGACCCGGAAGGAGCUGCAGAGUCGGAAGGCCAAGAGUGAAUCCUUUACUCUGGCUGACCUGAAACAGCUGCCAGAAUUGAACCCCCCUGUGCUCAUGCCCAAUGGAAAUGUGGGCACUCCACUUCGGAUCUUUUUGGAGUUGAUCCGGUCCUGCCGCCUACCUCCACGGAUCAUCACCCAGCUGCAGCUUCAGUUCCCAAAGACGGGUUCUUCCCGACACUAUGGCAACGUACCAUUCAGGUACGAGGACUCUGAAAUGGUGGAACAGGAAGAACAUGUGUACACAGCCGAGGGGGCCGAAAUACCUCAGGGAACCUGCCUGAAAGACACACCAGCCAGCUUCAUUGGAGAGCCAGAGGAGGAAGGGGAGAAGGAAGAGGAAGAAGAGUCGCACUCAGAUGACGACGAUGACCGGGGUGAGGAGUGGGAGCGGCAUGAAGCGCUGCACGAGGAUGUCACCAGGCAGGAGCGCACCACCGAGCGGCUCUUUGAGGAGGAGAUUGAGCUCAAGUGGGAGAAGGGCGGCUCCGGCCUGGUGUUCUACACAGAUGCCCAGUUUUGGCAGGAGGAAGAAGGAGACUUUGACGAGCAGACGGCCGAUGACUGGGACGUGGACAUGAGUGUCUACUAUGACCAAGAUGGGGGAGACAAGGAUGCCCGGGACUCUGUCCGCAUGCGCCUGGAGCGGAGACUCCGAGAUGGCCAGGAGGAUGGCUCCUUGGUGAAACGGCAGGUGGGCAACUUUGAGCGCCACACAAAGGGCAUCGGACGGAGAGUGAUGGAGCGCCAGGGCUGGGCUGAAGGCCAAGGCUUGGGCAGCCAGUGCUCAGGGGUGCCCGAGGCCCUGGAUAGUGAUGGCCAGCACCCCAGAUGCAAGCGUGGAUUGGGGUAUCAUGGAGAGAAGCUGCAGCCAUUUGGGCAAAUGAAGAAGUCCCGUGGAACAGGCUUGGGGCUCAUCUCCACCAUCUAUGAUGAACCCCUGCCCCAAGACCAAGGGGAGUCACUGCUCCGUCGCCAGCCACCCACUAGCAUAAAGUUUCGGACAGAGAUGGCUUUUGUGAGGAGUUCCAGCCGUGCCUGCGAAAGCCCUUCGGGGCCAGAAUGACAGUUUUGGGGGCCUUAGUAUGGAUCAAACUGCACAGUGCUAUGUGCCUCUGUCCUCCACUGAAGUGUGAAGAGAUUCUGGGAGCAGCUUGUUCUGGGUGCUUCUUUCUGAAUUCGCCUUCUAGCCUUCUACCUCCAGGACAUUUUGUUUUUUGGGGGGCCACACCUGGCAAUGCUCCAGGUUACUCCUGGCUCUGCACUCCAAGGGAUCACUCUUCGUGGUGCUUGGGAUGCCAGGAAUCAAGCCUCAGCCAACCGAGUUUAAGGCAAACACCGUAUACGCUGAACUAUUGCUCCGGCCUGUCCAGGACGUUUUUACAGAAAGCCUCUCCACUCUACUUCCAGAUUAAGGAUUAAUGACUUCUCUUUGGUCUCCUAACCCUAUUUCCUGUUUGUGGGGGCUAGACUCGGUUUGGCCCAGUUUGCUUCCGGUGUAUCUUGAAAAGUUGUAUUAACUGCGUUUUUAAGAACCACCUUCCCCGUGGGAGGCAUUAAGAGUGGAUCUCCGUGAAAGGGAGGUAUACACAGGAAGUAUCAUUAACAAUAUCAUAAAUAAGGAGCCAGAGCAAUAGGGUAGUGGGUAGAGGAAGAGAGAUUUAUGGUGCCUGGUAGACAUGGUCUUGAAUCAGGCCCUCCACUAUUUCUACGCCUCCGGGUUAAACUCAGCUGACAGCUGAGAGGUGGAACUGUGGAAGGUGGCCCAGAUAUGCGACCUGAAGAGAGAAAAUAAAUUAAGUUUACCACCGCG